AGGAGAGGAGAGGAUGGGCGACCUGAGACAUGAGCAGACAUGAGGCCCUGAAGGCAGCACGAGAAGGGGCGUGUGUGGUUUGUGUGACUAGGGUGACAGCUUUACAGAUCGGUCCACGCACUCUUCGUGUUCAGUCAUCAGUUUGCUGUGUCUGAGGAGGAGGUCUCUGUUUGCUCCAACAUGAGUGAAGAUAGCAGCGCUCUGCUCAGCAGGCUGCAGCAGUUGCAGUGUCACUUCACCUGGGAUCUGAGGCCGGACGUGGACCUGGAAACCCUGAGCACCCGAAUAGAGAUUGACAUAGAGUUUCAUCGUAAAGGAGCAGGUUGCUUCUACAGCCUCUUGGCUUAUGUCAGGUAUCUUCAGGAUCAACGAGAGAAAGCGCUGUCACUUUUAAACCAAUCAGAGGAGACCAUCAGGGAGAGUUACGGUGAUGAGAGUGAGAGGCGGCUGAUUGUGACGUAUGGAGACAUGGCCUGGCUGAAAUACCAUGAUAGAGACUUUGCACAGUCACAAAGCUACUGUCAGAGAGUCGAGGACAUACUGGUGAAGUAUCCCACUGGUUCAUCAGGAAGUCUCCUUCCAGAGGUGUACGGGGAACAAGGCUGGGCUUAUUUUAAGGUGUCGAGGUCUUCUCUCUCAGACGGCAUCGACUGUUUUCGUAAAGCACUUGAGUGGUUUUUAGAAAAUAUACAGGAAGAUGAGGAAUCCCAGGCCACCACACAGCUUCGCUUUGCAUUGGAGAUUAACCCAGAUAAUGCUGCUCUGCAGUCUAUGCUGGCCAUGAAGCUGACGGCUUAUAAGAAAUACGAAGAGGCCGAUGGUUUGGUGAAGAAAGCACUAGAAAAUGAUCCCGACAACCCUCAUGUCAUCCGCCAAUCAGGAAAUUACUUACUUAAUCGGAGUCGACUGGAUGAGGCUAUUGAUGUGUUUAAACGAGGCCUAAGAAGAGGCAAACAAUUAUCUUCCUUCACCUACCAGCUGGCUCUGUGCUACAAGCAGAAGAAAAUUGCUGAACAGUGUCGCAGGCCCUUCAGCAACACAGAGGUGGGUAGAUGGAGGCGUUGUUGUAUCAGUCACCUUGAAGAUGCUGUGAAGAUGAAGCCAUCCUUUCUCCGGGUGUGGGCUGAACUGGCACUGCUGUAUGCAGAGGAAGGGGAUAUGAGCAGGGCUGAGGAGACUUUCAAGCACUGCUUGGAGAAGUUACCAGAGGUGGAGGAGGAAAAGGUUUGUCAGAUUAUCCAUCAGUGCUACGGUGACUUUCAUCAUUACCACACAAAAAAUGAGGCUCAAGCCAUCGCUCACUAUACCAAGGGGCUGCUGAUACCACUGAAAAAAUAUGAGUGGCGACAGUGUGCUAAGAAACUGAAGCAGAUCGCUGACAGACGUCUGGCAAAGAAUCGGGGUGAUGGUGAAGCUCUCGCUCUGCUGGGUCAGGUGGCCAGAGCUGAGGGCGACAGCAAGAAAGCUGCUUUUUUUUAUGAGAAAGCUCUGAACUGUGACAAGGACAAUGAAGAGUACCUGUCUGCUCUGUGUGAGCUGCGCCUGGAGCUGCAGGGAUCAUCCUCUGAUUAAUCAUUAUCACUGCAAAAACUGGCUAUAACUAAUUUUUCCAAUCUUAUAUCAAGCCAAAAGUAUUUUUGAUCUUAUAUGUGGAGUUGAUACACUCAGAAAGAGCAAAAUAUAAUUAAUCUUGCGUCUUGUAUGUUAUCUUAAAAAUAAUUAUUUUAUCUCUUAGUUUUUAAAUUUAGUCAUUUAUAGCGCUUGUUAUCGUCACUGAUUUCUAGAAUCAAUUUAAUUCUGAUUAACCAGGUCCUGAUUUGAUUUGAUUUGAUUCAGUUUUGCCUCAGACAGUCAGAAAUAUUAUAUUUCUGAUCAUUUAUCAGUACUGACAUUUGUGAAACUUCAUUAGAGGUGUGAUCAUCACAGCAGAUACUUUCGUGUCAAAGUAACUGAGAAUAUAACACAGAAAAACAUGAAGGAGAGUUUCCAGGCCUGGCUUUUUAUAGCAGAUAACC